AUGGGUGUGGGGUCGUACGCCAGGGUUACACAUAUGGGUGUGGGGUCGUACACCGGGGGUACACAGAUGGGUGUGGGGUCGUACACCAGGGGUACACAUAUGGGUGUGGGGUCGUACACCGGGGGUACACAGAUGGGUGUGGGGUCGUACACCGGGGGUACACAGAUGGGUGUGGGGUCGUACACCAGGGAAAGCACAAGCCCCAAGCAUACUCGCAAGCACAACUCAUUGGCUAGAUUUGCUGCUAGAGGAGAGAGCGAGCGUGGGACCCAGAGGGAUAAGCCUGAAGCCACCGCAGAGAGCUUCUAUACGCUGGUACGAAACAAAUCAGGCUUUAAGCGACCUCUAUUUUCACGACUACUCAAGUUUGGAAGCUUCUACCUCACCUUCACCGUCGACAAACACAGUUUAGAUGCACUCGCCUUCACCGUCGUCAAACACAGUUUAGAACCAUGCACCAUCACAGUCGUCAAACACAGUUUAGAACCAUGCACCAUCACAGUCGUCAAACACAGUUCAGAACCAUGCACAAUCACAGUCGUCAAACACAGUUUAGAACCAUGCACCAUCACAGUCGUCAAACACAGUUUAGAACCAUGCACAAUCACAGUCGUCAAACACAGUUCAGAACCAUGCACAAUCACAGUCGUCAAACACAGUUUACAACCAUGCACAAUCACAGUCGUCAAACACAGUUCAGAACCAUGCACAAUCACAGUCGUCAAACACAGUUUAGAACCAUGCACCAUCACAGUCGUCAAACACAGUUUAGAACCAUGCACCAUCACAGUCGUCAAACACAGUUUAGAACCAUGCACCAUCACAGUCGUCAAACACAGUUUAGAACCAUGCACAAUCACAGUCGUCAAACACAGUUUAGAACCAUGCACAAUCACAGUCGUCAAACACAGUUUAGAACCAUGCACCAUCACAGUCGUCAAACACAGUUUAGAACCAUGCACAAUCACAGUCGUCAAACACAGUUUAGAACCAUGCACCAUCACAGUCGUCAAACACAGUUCAGAACCAUGCACCAUCACAGUCGUCAAACACAGUUAUUCGACUUCCACCUUCAUCGUCCUCAAAUAUAAAUUUGAGAUCGUGUUCUACCGAAUUGUUUAA